GCCUACUCCUCUCCCUCCUCCGCCAGGCCAGGCCACCCCCGUCUGGUUCUGCCAUUGGGACGCAGGGACGGCCGCAUGACCCCUCUCCUCCCUCCUCGCCCUGCCAGCCAUUGUACGAACGCGCGCACGGGGCAGAUAAGCCACGGCCGCCACCGCGAUGCCACCGUCGGGCUGGAACCCGCUGGACCCCGUGCUCCGGACCGUCUCCGCCUUCUCCCGCCGCCUCCUCAUCGCCCCCGACACCGCCCCUGACGACCUCCGCCUCCGCCCACUCCUCUCGCUCUCCCUGUCCCCGCCGUCGCCCCCGCCCCCGUCCCCGUCCCCGCCGCCGGAGGUCCUCAAGGCCAAGGACGCGAAGGUGGCGCCCCUGACGAAGGAGGAGGUCGGCCGGGCCACGUGGAUGCUGCUCCACACCAUCGCGGCGCAGUUUCCUGAUGAACCAACCAGGCAGCAGAAACGGGAUGCGAAAGAGCUGAUGGCUUUAAUUUCUAGACUGUAUCCUUGCAAAGAAUGUGCUGAUCACUUCAAGGAAGUUUUGAAAGCAAAUCCUGUGCAGGCAGGAUCUCAGGCUGAAUUUUCCCAGUGGUUAUGCUAUGUGCACAACGUGGUUAAUCGAAGCCUCGGAAAGACAAUAUUUCCCUGCCAGAGAGUAAAUGCACGGUGGGGCAAGCUGGAUUGCCCAGAACGCUUGUGUGACCUAGAGGGCUCCAACGACAUCAUGCCGAACCGAUGACAUUGCCCAGAAAUCAAUCUUAUAAAAUUUCUGCAGUAGUAACAAUUUCGGACCACUAUUUGAUGGGCAAGACCAGGAGGAUAGGAAAGAAAAUUCAGGGCACAGCACUGAUAUAUCAUUGUUUACCUUAUCCAUCCUAUCCCUGCCCAAUGACGAAUGUUAUGCUACUAGCAGCAGUAUAUGGCAUCUGAGUUUGCCCCUUGAUGUUGUCUUUGUACAGUUCCACCAUGUUUUACAGUGAUGGGUGUACGUGAAGUUCUGUCUAUGUGAAAUGUGGACGUAUACUACUGUCUGAACCCCUCCAA